AUGGAGGGGAGGAAAGUGGGUAUUCAUGGACGAUCAGAUUUCACUGAAAGGGUGUGGGGGGGGGAGGUGACAGGACGGCCCGAAUGGCCGACCUCCUCUGCUGUCUCUCACAGCGUUGUGCUUUUCUCCCGGUGUGCCCUCCCUCACGCACAGGCCCUGGAUGUUCUCUUGAUCGCGGGUGCCGUCAGCGUGGUCCUGGACGAAGAUGGCACCGCAGUGGACAGCGAAGAGUUCUUCCAACACCUUGACGACGACACGGCCUUCAUGGUGCUGCAGAAGGGCCAGCGGUGGUGGGCCCCCAAGAGGGGAAUGGUUUCCUACUCGCUCACCCAGAAGCCCAGGAACGCCAAAGAUAUCGCCCGCAUCACCUUCGACAUCUACAAACUCAGCCCGAGAGAUCUGUUUGGCUCUCUCAACGUCCGGGCCACCUUUUAUGGCUUGUACUCUAUGACCUUUGAUGUCAAGUGUCUGGGUCCAAAGAAGGUGAUCAGGGAGAUGCUGCGUGUGACCUCCUCCCUGAUGUACGCCAUUGGCCAGAUCCUCGUCACGUCUGCAGCAUUCGUGCGGCGCCUAGUGGAGGGAACUGACCGCAUCGCAGAGUGCUAUGAUUGAUCCACGCACGCUCUCUCUCUCUCACACACACACACACACACCCACACCCAAAAUCUCACACAGGUACAGGCACACGUGCACGCACACACAAUCACAUUCGCCCAUGUACAGGCAUGCGCAUACACAGGUACAGACACAUGCGCGUGUGCACACACAAUCACACUCGCUCAGCCACAGGCGCACGCGCACACAAUCUCACACAGGUACAGGCACACGUGCGUGCGCAUACAAUCACACUCAGGUACAGGCACAGACAUCUACACACAUGGGUACAGGCACACACAAAUACACAGAUACAGAUGUGUACGCACAUACAUAAGUACAGGGACAUGCAUAUAAACUGAGUGAUAUGAAAAUACUGAUAUGUGUACACGCACAGACACACAGAUGAACAGAUACAGGCACACAUUCAUGUGUACAUGCACACAGACACACUGAUACACACACACACAGGCACAUUGAUACACACAGUCCUAGACAUGCACAUGUGCACUCACCGAGACACGUGGAGACAUACAUCGAUGUUCACAGACAUACGCCAACCAACAUGGACAGGGACAGACACACAGAUGAGCAGCGAUACAAAUACAUGCGGACACAUAUAUACAAGUGAUUUGGAUACACAUUCACAGUCACAUAGGGAUACACGUGCACCUGCAUAGACUCAUAAAGAUUCAGAGAGACACACACACUUUUACAGAUCCGCACACAGACACAAACACACAUAGACAGACAGAUAAACAAUAAUGGACAGACAUACACGGAUACAGUCACACAGUCAGAAACGCAGACACAUGCACUGAUACAAGUGCACGCGCACACAGUCAGUCAGAAACACAGACACGCACAUAGAUACAGGCACACGUACACACAGAAACAGUCAGAAACACAGGCACAUGCACCGAUACACGCGCACGCGCACACGCAGUCAGAAACACAGACACGUGCACAGAUACAGGCACGCGCACGCCCAAGUCAGUCAGAAACACAGGCACAUACAUGGAUACAGGCACACACAUGGACAGUCAGAAACACACAUACAUACAGACGUGCGCAUGCACACAGUCAGAAACACAGACACAUACAUACAGGCGCACGUGCACACAUACACAGUCAGAAACACAGACACAGGCCUGCACGCACAGAUACAGGUGCACACACAUUUCCAGACACACACACGCACACAGUCAGAGACAGACAAACCCGCAGCGAUUCCCAGUCAGGCGCAGGCAAAGCCAAUCAGAUCCCCACACCCGUCACCCGGUUGUCAGUGUCAAGUGAUUCUGCGCUUGCUGCAAUUAAAGAUGAAACUGCUCGA